AUGGCAGUUAGGUCAGGAAGGCUCGGGACAUGGCUCAAGAUGCUUGCUGUCGGCGGCGCAGUUUGCGUAGGAGGUCCCGCGUUCGUCAUAUGGGUGCAGCCGACCGACGAGGAACUCUUCAAGAAGUAUAACCCGGAGCUGCAGAAGAAGAGCUUAGAGCGGCGGUACGAAAAGCAGAAGGAUUUCGACGACUUCGUGACCCAGCUCAAGGAAUAUUCGAAAUCAGAUAAGCCGAUAUGGAUGGUACAAGAAGAAGCCGCACGAAAGCGGAAGGAAGAAAUGUUGCGACAAGACUUCUUAGGAGCCGAAGAAGCAAAGGCGAGAAAAGAGGCCUUGAGGAAGGAGUCCGGACUAUCGUCUAGUUCUAGUAGUUGA